GCCAGGUAAUGUUGGCAACUUGUUCCAACAAGAGCCAACCUGUAGCAAUGAAGGUGAUACACAAAGCAGAGAAUAGACAAUCGAUUGCCAAGGAGGUGCGAAUACUGAAGAUGGCUUCUGGAUGCCCAUUCCUCUGUCACGCGCAUGCAGCUUUCCAAACAAAGCUGGCUGCAUGCAUUGUGAUGGAGUACGCCAGUGGAAACAGCUUGGAGAAAUUCAUAAAGCGCACAGGGAAACUGAAGAUGGACGCUAUAACAUUCUACACAGCAGAGAUCAUAUGCGGCCUGCAGUUCCUCCACGCCAACGGGAUUGUCCAUCGGGACAUCAAACUGGAUAACAUCCUGUUGACCGGCGAGGGACACAUAAAGAUCGCUGACUUUGGUGUGGCUGUAGAGGGAGUGUUUGGCCAGAAGAAAGUUGGAGGCAAGGCUGGAACAGUGCAAUACAUGGCCCCAGAGGUUUUACAACGGAGAGGCUACGAUGCCGGAGCAGACUGGUGGUCGCUAGGAAUUGUCAUCUGUAAAAUGGCCACCGGCAUGACACCAUUCACUUCAUCAGUUAUCCAUGAUGAGCCCCUUUUCCCGAAAUGUCUUGGUGCUGAAAUAAAAGAUCUUCUGCACAAGCUCCUAGAGAAGGACCCAGAGAAGCGUCUUGGCUUUAUUGGAAACAUUCGAGCACAUCCAGUUUUUAAUUCCAUCAACUGGGAGCAGCUGGAACGCCAGGAAGUACCACCACCUCUCUAUCCUGCAGAAUUAACACUAGACAAGAAAUAUUUCAAGCAGCCGAGGAUGCUCAUGGAAGAGGCGGGCAGCGAUUCUUCAAAUGAGAAAAGCAUGGAGUUAUCAUAUCUGAAUGACAGUUGGAAGAGCUGAGCCACUUCAAGAAAGUCAGGUUUCUUUAGCUAUAUUUACCAACCAUUAACAUCAUUUAACCCUGUCAUUUUAUUCUAUCCAGUCUCCAUUGAAGAACAGUGAAGAUGAAAACAUCUGAGCAUUUGAAAAAUCCGGCACCGAGAACCACCUGUCACUGCUUCGUAUGGGUACAUUUCUACAGACAGCCAUUUUUACCUCUUAGAGCCAGCCACCAUCAUUGCCUCUACCUCUGGCCCUUGCCCACCAUCUUUUGGUCUCCAUUUCAUGUCC